AUGUCAAAAAGGUCCAUUGAAGCUGACGAGCAAGAUAGAGUAGUCUCCGCUAAGAAGGACUUUAAUUCUGUCCCUGUUUUUUCUACAUCUGGAGAACAAGAUGCUCCUAUGAAUAAUCUAGAAGAACAAUUGAGCGACGAGUUUGAUAGUGAUGGUGAAAUUAUUGAAAUUGAUGGUGAUGAUGAAAUUAAUGACGAAGAUGACCUUAAGAAAAAGCAAGAAGAAGCUGAAACUUUAGUACAAAAGGACCAGUCUGAAGACAACAAAGAGAAGAUUCAGGAGCUAUACUUGCCUCAUAUGUCUCGUCCGUUAGGUCCAGAUGAAGUUCUUGAGGCCGAUCCUACCGUUUAUGAAAUGCUACAUAAUGUCAACAUGCCAUGGCCAUGUCUGACACUAGACGUCAUUCCAGAUACAUUAGGAUCUGAACGUAGAAACUAUCCACAGUCUAUUCUGUUAACCACAGCCACUCAAUCUUCGAGAAAAAAGGAAAAUGAGCUAAUGGUCUUGGCACUUUCUAAUUUAACGAAGACACUUUUGAAAGACGAAAAUGAAGAAGAAGAUGAGGAGGAGGAUGAUGAUGAUAUAGACCCCAUUAUUGAGAACGAAAAUAUACCACUGAGAGAUACAACUAAUAGACUAAAGGUUUCUCCAUUCGCCGUAUCUAAUCAAGAGGUACUAACUGCUACAAUGAGUGAAAAUGGUGAUGUCUAUAUAUAUGAUUUAGCUCCACAAAGCAAAGCUUUUGCUACACCAGGUUAUCAAAUCCCAAAGUCCGCUAAGCGUCCUAUUCAUACCGUCAAAAAUCACGGAAAUGUUGAAGGUUAUGGGUUAGAUUGGUCACCAUUGAUCAAGACUGGCUCUUUAUUAUCAGGUGAUUGUUCAGGACAGGUAUAUUUCACUCAAAGGCACACUUCCAGAUGGGUGACUGAUAAACAGCCAUUUACUGUUUCAAACAAUAAAUCCAUAGAAGACAUCCAGUGGUCUCGCUCAGAAUCAACGGUUUUUGCAACAGCAGGUUGUGAUGGAUAUAUAAGGAUUUGGGAUACAAGAUCAAAAAAACAUAAGCCAGCCAUCUCUGUUAAGGCUUCUAACACUGAUGUAAACGUCAUAAGUUGGAGUGACAAAAUAGGUUAUUUGCUUGCAAGUGGUGACGACAAUGGUACCUGGGGUGUAUGGGAUCUGAGACAGUUUACACCAAGUAAUGCUGACAGUGUUCAGCCAGUUGCUCAAUAUGACUUCCAUAAGGGAGCCAUUACUUCUAUUGCAUUCAACCCAUUAGAUGAAUCUAUUGUUGCAGUAGGUUCAGAAGAUAACACUGUAACUUUAUGGGAUUUAUCUGUGGAAGCCGAUGAUGAAGAAAUUAAACAACAAACCGCUGAAACAAAAGAGUUACAGGAAAUCCCACCGCAGUUAUUAUUUGUUCAUUGGCAAAAGGAAGUUAAAGAUGUCAAAUGGCACAAGCAAAUUCCAGGUUGUUUGGUAAGUACCGGUACUGAUGGUUUGAACGUCUGGAAAACAAUCAGUGUCUAA